AUGGGUAACCUCACAGAACCCCAAAAGAACCUGCUGUUCAAGGCCCUUUUCUACUGUGUUGACGCCGAACCAAAGAUCAACUAUAAGAAGCUGGCCGAGAUGUGCGACUAUAAGACCGCUGCCUCCGCAACCACCGCAUACCACAAGGCCAGAAAGAACGCGCAGGCCGGCAUGGGUGGCGACAUCGCUUCCAGCCCAGCCCCAGAGAAGGUGAAAGGCGCUGCUGGCAAGAAGCGCGCUGCCUCCACCGACGACGGAGAUGACGAGGAGCCUACCCCGAAGAAGCGAGGAGGUAAGAAGGCGAAGACGGAAAAGAUCAACUGCGAGCCUGAGGACCAGGGUGGAGACGAUGCUAUGAACAAACUUCUCGGUGAAGCAGACAAGUACAUGAACGGCGGAACAAGCGAUGUGAAGGUUGAGGAGCGCGAUGAGGAUGCUUCGAUCUGA